AUGGCAGCGAAGCAGAUGGAAGAAAUUCAGAAGAAAUUAGCAAUGUUGAAUUACCCAAGAGCCAAUGCUCCCGCUCAGUCUCUCCUCUUCGCCGGCAUGGAGCGCUACGCCCUUCUCGAAUGGCUUUUCUUCAAGCUAUUGGGCGACAAAUCACCAUUCUCUCAACAAAAUCUACAAGGCGACGCCAUUGCUCGUGACGAAGAGACCUCUCGCAUCCAAUAUUUAGCAGAGAUUGCAAAGUUUCUGAGUAUUACCAUGACCAUAGAUACAGAGGCCAUCCAAGGACGAGGAAGUUAUGAAGAUCGUACUGAAAUGCUUCGUCUUAUUGUAGACCUUGUGGAGGCAAGCAUCUAUGCUGAUAAUCCUGAUUGGAGUGUUGAUGAGCAGGUGGCGAAGGAUAUACAACUGAUAGAUUCUAUUGCUGAGCGACAAGCUCAGAUUUUCUCUGAAGAGUGCAAGUUGUUCCCCGCAGAUGUGCAGAUUCAAUCUAUAUAUCCAUUGCCAGAUAUAUCUGACUUGGAAAAACAGCUUUCAGAUCAAUCAAAUAGACUUUUGAGUCUUCAAGAGAUGGUUGAUGAUUUGGCAUCGAAGCAUGCGUAUAAUCCGGAUGAAGAUUAUGCGGAGGUGGAAGCAAAACUGCGAGUACAUCUGGAAUCAUUUUUAGAAACUGCAAGAUCCUUCAAUACGAUUUACAGCAAGGAAAUUCGUCCCUGGACACACAUGAUGGAGGUACCUCAAUUGCAUGGGUUUGGGCCAGCUGCUAACAGAUUGCUGGAGGCGUACAAGACGCUCUUGAAGUUCCUUGGGAACCUGAAGAAUCUUCGAGACUCGCAUGCAGCAGUGGCUGUUGGGUUAUCUGAAACAAUUGCUGGUGAGCCUUCUUCUGUCACGAGAAUAAUCUCGGAGUGUGAAACUGCAUUAACAUUCCUGAAUCGCGAUCUUGGAAUCCUUUCGGCUUCUAUUGCUCGUGAGCAAGGUGAGGAGAUCACUUUGUGA